AUGGCCUCCCUCCGUGCUGCUUUCCGCCUCCCUGGCCUCGCCAAGGUCGCAACCCGCCACAACAACACCUUUGCUGCCUCUGCCAUCCGUGCCUACUCCACCAAGCCCCAGGGCUUGAAGGACCGCCUCCGCGAAUUGAUCCCCGAGAAGCGCGAGGAGGUCAAGCAGGUCAAGGCCGAGUUCGGAAGCAAGGUCUUGGGCGAGACCACCGUCGAUAUGGCUUACGGUGGUAUGCGUGGCAUCAAGGGUCUCAUCUGGGAGGGCUCCGUCCUCGACGCCGAAGAGGGUAUCCGUUUCCGCGGCAAGACCAUCCCCGAGUGCCAGGCUAUCCUCCCCAAGGCCGAGGGUGGUGAUGAGCCCCUCCCCGAGUCCCUCUUCUGGCUCCUUGUCACCGGCGAGGUCCCCACCACCGAGCAGGUCCGUGGCCUCUCCGCCGAGUGGGCCGAUCGCGCUGCUCUCCCCAGCUUUGUUGAGGACCUCCUCGACAGCUGCCCCCCUACCCUCCACCCCAUGUCCCAGUUCUCCUUGGCCGUCACCGCCCUUCAGCACGAUUCUCAGUUCGCCAAGGCCUACCAGGCUGGUGUCCACAAGACCGAGUACUGGGAUACCACCUUCGAGGAUUCCAUGGAUUUGAUCGCCAAGUUGCCCAACAUUGCCGGUCGCAUCUACCAGAACGUCUUCAAGAAGGGUGGCAAGCUCCCUGCCAUCAACCCCAACUUGGAUUAUGGUGCCAACCUCGCCACCUUGCUCGGAUUUGGCGAGAAGAAGGAGUUUGUCGAGUUGAUGCGCCUCUACCUCACCAUCCACUCUGACCACGAGGGUGGUAACGUCUCUGCCCACACCACUCACUUGGUCGGCUCUGCCCUCUCGGACCCUUACCUCUCCUUCGCUGCCGGUUUGAACGGUCUUGCCGGUCCCCUUCACGGAUUGGCCAACCAGGAGGUUCUCCGCUGGAUCACCAAGAUGCGCGAGGAGCUCGGCGGCAAGGACGUCUCGGACGAGACCAUCAAGGAGUAUGUCUGGAAGACCUUGAAGUCUGGCCAAGUCGUCCCCGGUUACGGUCACGCCGUCCUCCGCAAGACCGACCCCCGUUACUCUUGCCAGCGUGAGUUUGCCCUCAAGCAUAUCCCCAACGAUCCCCUCUUCAAGCUCGUUUCCCAGAUCUACACUGUCGCUCCCGGCAUCCUCCUCGAGCACGGCAAGACCAAGAACCCCUGGCCCAACGUCGAUGCCCACUCGGGUGUCCUCCUCUCUGCCUACGGCUUGGUUGAGCAGGACUUUUACACCGUCCUCUUUGGUGUCUCCCGUGGUCUCGGAGUUCUUUCCCAGUUGAUCUGGGACCGUGCUCUCGGUAUGCCCCUCGAGCGCCCAAAGUCGUACUCGACUGCUGCCAUCAAGGCCAUGUACGCCAAGAAGUAA